AUGACAACCUCCGCCUUGCGCCGGCAGGUGAAGAACAUCGUACACAACUAUUCAGAGGCAGAGAUAAAGGUGCGUGAGGCCACCUCUAAUGACCCGUGGGGGCCCUCCUCCUCUCUCAUGUCAGAGAUCGCUGACCUGACCUUCAAUGUUGUGGCGUUUGCUGAGGUGAUGGGCAUGGUUUGGAAGCGUCUCAAUGACAGUGGGAAGAACUGGAGACACGUCUACAAGGCCCUGACUCUCUUGGACUACCUGUUGAAGACAGGAUCAGAAAGAGUGGCCCAACAAUGCCGUGAGAAUGCAUUCACCAUACAGACGCUGCGAGACUUCCAACACGUGGACCGUGACGGCAGAGACCAGGGGGCUAAUGUGAGAGAGAAGGCCCGCCAGCUGGUGUGUCUCCUCCGAGAUGAGGAGCGACUCCGCCAAGAGAGGAGCCAGGCCCUGAAGACCAAAGAGCGUAUGGCUGGUGGAGGUGGCGGAGGGGGAGGGGGAGGGGGAUUAUACGGAGGUGUGCCGCCAUCCUACCACCCCGGCAGGCGGACCAGCCAGCCGAGCAUGGCCGUGCUCUAUGGGGAGGAGUUCAGCCGCUCCAGAGGCUCUCCGUGCUCCUUUAACUCCUCAUCCUCAUCGCCCCAGGCAGCCUCAGACCUGGAACAGGCUCGUCCUCAGACCAGUGGGGAGGAGGAGCUGCAGCUCCAGUUGGCCCUAGCCAUGAGCAGGGAGGAGAGCCAAAAGGAGCAGGGCUGUCACCAAGGAGACGAGUCACUGUUAAAGAAAGCUCUGGAUGAAAGUAGAAGAGCGAGCCAGUCAGGGACACAGGAGUCAGCCAUGCUGGACCUGGUGGACAUUUUUGGCGCUUCCUCUGAGGCCCGGCCUUCCUUUGAUGACCCUUGGGACUCUGCCCAGCCGACCUGUGAGAUAAACACUGACCCUUGGGACUCUGUAGCUGUCCAGUCCAGCACACCUGUGACUGGGAGCCCCUGGGCAGCCCGAGCUUCAUCAGCUGGCACGUCUAAUCCCUGGGCGACAUCCUCCACUUUACCCACAGACCUUUGGGAAGCACCACCCUCUUCCCCCAGCCCUGUCAGUCCAGGCCAGGAGAGUCCAUCUCACACUGGGGCUGAUGGGAUAGAUCCCCUCUCUGUACAGGAAGAAGAGGUGCCCAGAAAGGAGGUUUCUCAAGGUUCCUCCCCUUGCCCCAUCAGUCCCAAUGAUCCAGAUCCAUUUGGGGCAAAGUCAGAUCCUGACCCAUUUGUUGGGGUGGAUACAGAUUCUGAUCUAUUAGAGAAAGAACCAGUGGUGAAGCCCCAGGUAAAUGGUCGGGGGACGGCCAGUCCAGAGAUUUUUGACCUGUCCCGACUAGCACCUCCGCUCAGCGCUUCACCCAUACGCAUGUGUCGGACCCCAGAGGCCUUCUUAGGACCCACCGGGGCCUCACUUGUCAAUUUAGAUGCCCUCAUCCCCCCCAACCCCCCAAGCAAGACACACAACAACCCUUUCCUCUCAGGUCUGAGUGCUCCUUCUCCUACCAACCCGUUCCAUUGCGACCAGCCUCGCCUUACCCUCAAUCAAAUGCGUCCAUCUUCUACUUCCCCCUUGCCCCCACACAUGCUCUCUUACAGCCCUUCCCUGCCUCUUCCUCUACCCCACCAGGCUCCUGUCCUCCCCUCCUCACUCACCCAGCCAUCUGCCAGGCUCCUGGACCUUCCCUCCAACCUCCCCCAGCCUUUACUCCCACUUUCUCCCCAGCCCUCACCCCGCAGCCAGACACGGAUGCACGCACACAGCCACAAUCCUUUCCUCUGA